AUGGCCUUGCUUUGCUAUGGGGACAGUAUGGAUCCAUUAUAUCUAGGUGCCUCUGGGCAGACCAGGUUGGAAUCAGAAACAGAGCGGGGCCGGAUCCGGCAGGACAGCUUGUACGAGCUGGCCGCGGGCACGGCGGGCCGGGUGGUGAGUAACUGGUACCGUUUCCGCCCGCUGGUAGCCGAGCUGGUGGUGCAAAACGCCUGCGGGCACCUGGGUUUAAAGAGCGACGAGAUCUGCUGGACGAACUCGGAGAGUUUCGCCGCCUGGUGCCGGUUCGGGAAAAGGGAGUUCAAAGCCGGGGGGGAGGUGAGGGGAGCCGCGGGGCCUCAGCCCCCCCAGCAGUAUCACCUCAAGGUUCACCUGGCGGAGAACAAGGUGCGCACCGUGAGGUUCCACAGCCUGGAGGACCUGAUCCGUGAGAAGCGCCGCAUCGACGCCGGAGGCAAACUGAGGGUGAUCCCGGACCUGGCCGUCGUGGCUGGGAAGGAAUAG